GAUGUAGCAGCAGACGUAGGAAGGACAGAUGUGAUUUUCAUUCAUCAUUAUUCUUGCCAAAAUGUAGUGAAUAGAUCGUUAACUUGUUACAAUUUCAAGAUGACGCUUAUAGCAUUGUUCAGCCGCUUUGUUCGUGGAACUUUGUUGAAAUAUGAAACAGUUGCGGUGGUUUUCGCAUUGUUAUUUCUCUAUGGUUAUGUCUUUCAUCGAGACCACAUCCUCCGCUCGGUGUUUAGACGGACACUCAUGCACUCAGACGCCGGGCCUGGCCCACCAGUGAUCAUGCGGAUUCCCGGUUUGAACAAAGGGGGACUAGGGAGGAGUAACGGGCAUUUAAAGUACAGUCAUGCUAGCCACAGAUCUAGUUAUAAACAAUUCGAAAGUCAAAGUGAUGUAGCUCAUUGGGAACUUUUGAAAGACAAUGUUGCUGUGUAUUCUAUUCAAGGACGACGCCCUGGGAUGGAAGACCGAUUUGAUUACGCGACGGGAGAGAAGGAUGGAGUGUCUGAAAAAUUCUGUGGGAUUUAUGACGGCCAUGGAGGCGAGUUUGCAGCAGAAUUCACAGAGAAGUUACUCUCACAAUCAGUCCUUGCGCGACUUGCCACCGCUAAACGAAGACAGCAACAUGUCAAUCAUUCACAGAUACUCAUCGAAGAAAUAUUGGCUGUGGACGAGAAAUUCCUUACUGUAGCAAAGUCAAAUGAGGAUAUGGCAGGGUCAACUGCUCUGGUAGCCCUAAUAACAGAAUCAGAUGUGAUUGUCGCAAACGUUGGGGAUUCACGUGGCGUGAUGUGCGACGGGUCUGGAAAAGCCGUCCCACUUUCGUACGACCACAAACCCCACCACCCUCAGGAGCGUAAACGCAUCAAGAAGGCAGGAGGUUUCAUUGCUUUCAAUGGCGUCUGGCGCGUCGCUGGAAUCCUCGCCACAUCCCGUGCCAUCGGGGACUACCCGCUUAAGGAUCACAAGUUUGUCGUCGCCGACCCUGAUAUUUUGACCUUUGACCUUGACGAACACACCCCACAAUUCCUGAUCCUUGCCAGCGAUGGAUUGUGGGAUACAUUUAGUAAUGAAGAAGCCGUCCAGUAUAUUAAAGAGCGAUUAGGGGAGCCGCAUUUUGGCGCCAAAAGUAUUGUUCUUCAGUCAUUCUACCGCGGUUCUAUGGACAAUAUAACAGUUAUGGUUAUUAAUCUCAGCAGACAUCGCUCAAAUUCAACUCAUGUGCAAUAGCUAAAUAUGGGUUCUUAUCAUUUUUUCUUCCUUGCUUAAAUUUAAUCAUUCUUUUUAAAGAUGAAAUGUGGUUUUAUUUAUUUUGUUAUUUUGUUUGAUUAUGUUGAGUUCAUGGAUGAAUUUUGAACAUUAAUAAGUAAUCAUGAAGAGGGCAUGUGACUGUUAUUUAUUGAGAAUUUGAGAGACUGAAUUGUAUUUAUCAUUUGAUUGAAAUUGUGAGAACAGUACUUACAAAGGUACAUUGCGCACAUGCAUGAUGAUUAUAAAUUUGUAAUGAUGUCUUUUCCUUCCCUUUUGUCCUUGAAUAUGUUAUGCAGGGUUGGUAAAUACUGGAUGGUAAAUAUUUUGAAGCAAUGACAUACUGCCUAAUACUGUACACUGAUAAAUAUAAAAAAAAACUAUGAUAAUACCAAUACCAUGUAUUACAUUUGCGUAGGAUGUAAGCUCCCAUAUUUCAAAUCAUUAUAGGUAAUCAUGAAAAGGGUCCUUGAACAAAAAUUAUGUUUAUACAUAUCAAUGGAAAAUUAUUUCAAGAGUUAAUACAGCGUGCUCCUUGAUGCAUGUUGAUUUAUCAUAAGGAUAAGGAUAACUGUGUUCAGGCUUUAUUCAUGGAACGUUCACAUCACAUUUAAGUUUAUCAGUAAAAAUACUGUAGGUCUACACUGUAUAAGGAAAUUAUCAAACCUAUUUUGUUGCAUGUAGCAGUUAUACAUGUAUAUCAAGUAGCAGAUUUUUUUAUAUUGAUUUACAUGUAUAAAGCCGUUAUGAUAUGAUUUCCGCCUUAUUUUUUGUGUCAUAUCCCAUCGAUUUUGUGCAUGUGUUGUUGUGCUUCACUGAUUUGUUAUUCCAUGUGUGAACAGGCCUUCGAUUCACUACUCUAUUUGGAAUUUAUUGCAGGGCAAAAAAUAAUUGAGUUUGAAGUAGGAACUGACUCUGUCAUUUUCCAUUUUCAUGUUUAUGAAAACCAAAGCCUAUAGGAUUGCAUUCGAUUGCUAUGAUUUAUGUAAACAAGGAUAUGAAACAUGUCCCCAAUCCCAUUGUCCCAUAUUUCUUUUCUUUCUUUCAUAUGCUUUUUUUUAUAUCACAGCUCUAUCCUUACAUAACUUGGCCUGCUAUCAUUUCGAACCUUUCUCCAACUGAUACAAGUACAAACUUACCUUUAUUACAUUGUUGAAUAUGUAUGCUGGUUUCAUUUUGAUUAAAUUGAUUGAUUGAUUGAUUUUAUUCAUCAAGAAUAUCACAAGAGAUUACAAUGAAAUUGAAGAAUAC